AUGGUUUUUAGCUCUAAAUCCCCUUUGGCUGUCCGGCAGGAAAUCCUGAAUAUCCGGGAAGUGGAUCAGUUUAAAAAAUACCUAGGUAUGCCCAUGAUGGUUGGUCGGUCGAAGAAACCUAUUUUUUCUUUCCCCAGAGAUCGUCUACACAAACGUGUUUCGGGUUGGAUAGAAAAGUUUCUGUCGCGUGCAUGGCGAGAGGUGCUAAUUAAGUCUAUUGCGCAGUCUAUUCCAACGUAUAUCAUGAGCUGUUUGGCUCUCCCGGUCUCAUUUUGCUCAGAUAUGCAAGGCAUUAUUUCAAAAUUAUGGUGGAGUGGUUCAAAGGAUAAGAGGAAAAUUCCUUGGGUCAGUUGGCAUUCGAUUUGCCAAUCAAAGAAGAAUGGGGGUCUUGGAUUUCGGAAUUUGAGAGCGUUUAACCAAGGCAUGUUAGCAAAACAAGCGUGGCGCUUGGUUCAGAACCCUAACUCUCUUUGCACAAAGAUCCUCAAGGCAAAGUAUCACCCUCAAUCUGAUUUUCGUGAUGUUAUUUUGAGAAGGGGAACUAGCAAUUUGUGGCAGAGCAUUAUAGAAGGAAAGAAAAUUCUCGUUUCGAGUUUGGCGUGGAGAAUUGGAAAUGGUAUAUAUGCGAAUGCUAAAAGUGACAACUGGAUUACUACGACAAACUUAAUGAAGCCUGCAGUCAAGACGGGUUAUUAUCGCGCUUGUAACAGUCUGAAUAGGGAUAAUGCUGGCACUUCGUGUGGGGGAGAUGGCAGUAACAUAUGGAGAAGAUUUGGAGCUGUUCGAUACCUCCAAAACUGUCCUAGAUGCGGGUUAAUCGAGGAAACUGAGUUACAUGCUUUAAAGAUUGGGAAGCGGUUCGAAGGACCAGGCUCCUAUUUAGAGUUGGCAUGCUCCCCUCCAAAUGUUUUGAAGCUUAAUACUGAUGCUUCAGUUCAAGUCGGUAAAAAGCUAUCAGUUAUUAGCGCUGUGAUUCAAGACUAUGCAUGUUUAGUUGUUAGCAGCGGGGUAACAUUGGCUCAUGGGGUUUUAGAUGUCGAGACAGCAAAAGCGCUCGUAGUCCGGUGUGGUUUGCAGUUACCAGCUGCUAUUUCUGCUUCAACUCUAAUUGUGGAAUCGGAUUCAACAAGUGUUAUCAGCAGGUUGCUUCAUCCAGAAGUAGCGAUUGAUCCAAUCCAGUCCAUAGUCGAUGAUUGUUUAGUUCUUGUUGGUGAUCGUUCUUUUUGCUUUCAGUAUGUUAGUAGAGUUUGUAAUCAAGUCGCUGAUGCCCUCGCCAAAUGGGGUGUGUUUUUCGGGCAUGAUUGUUUAUUUACCGGUGAAGUUCCUUAUCCGAUUAAUGAUCUUUUUCUAAAGCAUAUCCCCAAAAUGAGGUUGGAAGAUCAGUUUGAAUCAUUAUUGAUCAAACCAUAUCCAAUAGAGUUUGAUUUCUCCGUUCAGACACAUCAUUCCAUCGUGGCGUUCUAG